GAGAAUGAAAACAAACGGAAAGGGCGAAGGCAAAAGAGGCAAGAGGGCAAAACACCGUCAACGAAGAGAGACAGAUAGAGAUCGUGUCUUCUCGAAACUUCCACGAGAUUCCCUACUUGUAAGAAACUUCAAUUGUGAAAGUGAAAGAGAAAGAGAAUAGAGAGAAGACGUCGACAGAGAGAUAUAAACCCAGAAAAAAAUACGUUUUUUUUUUAAUUAAAUCACAAAUCAGAUUCAGGAAAACGUGAAGAAGCCAAAGAGAGAAGAAGAAGGAGGCGAGAUGGGUGUGGAUUACUACAAGCUUCUACAGGUCGAUAGAAGCGCCAGCGACGAUGACCUCAAGAAAGCUUACAGAAAGCUCGCCAUGAAAUGGCAUCCCGACAAGAACCCCACCAACAAAAAAGAAGCCGAAGCUAAAUUCAAACAGAUCUCCGAAGCCUACGAUGUUCUUAGCGAUCCUCAGAAGAGAGCGGUGUACGAUCAGUAUGGUGAGGAAGGUUUAAAAGGGAACGUUCCACCUCCUAAUGCUACUGGUGGUGGUGGAGCUUCCUACUUCUCCACAGGAUUCAACCCUAGAAGUGCUGAUGAUAUAUUCGCUGAGUUUUUCGGUUUCUCGACUCCCUUUGGUGGAGGAGGAGGAGGAGGUGGUGGUGGUGGAUCAAGUCACCACAACCACCACCACCAUCAUCAUCAUCAUCAGGCUGCACCUAGGAAAGUGGCUCCUAUAGAGAACAAGCUCCCUUGUAGCCUUGAAGAUCUCUACAAAGGAACCACCAAGAAGAUGAAGAUCUCAAGAGAGAUUCUAGAUGUCAGCGGAGCGACGCAAACGGAAGAGAUACUAACCAUCGGAGUGAAACCAGGAUGGAAGAAAGGCACCAAGAUCACAUUCCCUGAGAAAGGCAACGAGCAUCCCGGAGUGAUUCCUGCUGAUCUCGUCUUCAUCAUCGACGAGAAGCCGCACCCGGUGUUCGCACGUGACGGCAACGACCUGAUCGUCACGCAGAAGAUCUCCCUAGCUGAGGCCUUAACAGGCUACACCGUGAACCUAACUACUCUUGACGGCCGAACGCUUACGAUCCCAGUCACUAACGUGAUCCAUCCGGAGUACGAAGAGGUUGUGCCUAAAGAAGGAAUGCCACUUCAGAAAGAUCAGACAAAGAAAGGGAACUUGAGGAUCAAGUUCAGCAUCAAGUUCCCAGCGAGGUUAACUACAGAACAGAAGUCUGGUUUCAAGAAGCUUCUUGGGUGAUAGUCAAGAUUGGGUUCUAAUGCCCCUCCCCCACCCCCCUGUUUUUUAAAUUAUUUUUUCAAGAUAGUUCUUACAAGAUUUGGUUAUUACAUGUCCUCUAGAAACAAAAUUUGAAAGUUAAAAAAAUGUUUUUUGUGUGUUUA